AUGUCGUCCAAGGUCAAGGCUGGUCAGCUCUGGGGAAAGAACAAGGAGGAGCUUGCCAAGCAGCUCGAGGAGUUGAAGACCGAGCUUAACCAGCUCCGCGUCCAGAAGAUCGCCAACGGUGCUUCCACCAAGACCCAGAGAAUCUCCGAGGUCCGCAAGUCGAUCGCUCGCGUUCUCACCGUCAUCAACGCCAACCAGCGCGCUCAGCUGCGUCUCUUCUACAAGGGCAAGAAGUACAUUCCUCUUGACCUCCGCCCCAAGCUCACCCGCGACCUCCGCCGCCGUCUCACCAAGCACGAGGCUACCCGCGUUACUGAGCGCCAGCGCAAGCGCCAGAUCCACUUCCCCCAGCGGAAGUACGCCGUUAAGGUACGAAAUCAUUUUGCAGGGACCCGUCUGCAUUGA